AUGUCGCGAAUCAACAUCCCCCUCGAGGCUCUGACCUCUCGCCUUAAUCUCGGAUCCCGCUUUGAAGGGGUGCGGUCGCAGUCGCUGACGUCCCGAUUCGCCAACCUCAAGCCCAUCUCUGAGUUCCUGGAUCUCAAGCGCCUCUCCAAGCCUGCGAAUUUCGGGGAGGUUCAGAGCAGAGUCAAUUACAACCUGUCAUAUUUCUCAAGCAACUAUUUCGCAGUAGCCCUGAUGCUCACAGUCUAUAGCUUGCUUACCAAUGUAGCAUUGCUCUUUGACAUGGUCUUCAUGGGCGUUGGACUCUUUGCAAUUAAAAAACUUGAUGGUCGGGAGCUCGAGUUGGGCUUUGCUCGUCUUACCACCUCCCAACUAUACACGGGCCUGUUCAUCAUCGGUGUGCCCGUCUUCAUCUGGGCUUCCCCAAUUGCAACAGCCUUAUGGCUAGUCGGAGCCAUCGGAGGCGGUCUAGGUGGUCGGCCGCGAACUCCAAAAGAUUCGCCCUUAUGGGGAAGACCAUCAGGGGCUCGCCCGGGGAAGAGAAGGAGUGGGUCGGACAGGCAGGCACAACAAUGGGAAGAAGAUAGACGAUUUGAAGAAGUAGACAGCGAUGAAGAUGACGGUCAGGGUGUUGGGUUGGAUGGGGCGUUCGUUAGCGAUGAAUUGCGGUUUACAGGUGCAAACUUGAAUCAACGUUCACGUCGUCGACAGGUGUAUGGUGAUAGGAUGUCCUCCGAGUCGUCUGGCGAUGACUAUGGCUCGGACCAUGGAGCCAGCGGUACCAUGCAGAUCGCUCUUAGGGACAAGGAAGAAUUAUUGGUGCAAAAGGCUUUGGAACGCAUACGUCGUGCACAGAUGCUGGGGAGAACAAAUGUUAAACUGAGCCAGCCUGAGAUAGAUGCUCUCGAACGCAAAAGAAGAAAGGAUGAAGCUGAGAGUGCACGUAAGAAGCCAGAAAUGAGAAACGCCGAUCGACGUCGAAGCAGCGGUCAGUCUCGUGAUGCAUCUAGAGAACAAAAGUCUAGCAGGAGAAAGAGCAAAGGGUAUUUUCCUGCCUACGAUAGCGAAUAUUCAUCCGGUUCCAGAAGAGCUACGCUUCCUGGUAUUCUUGUCCCUGGUCCAGCCGGCGUGCCUGCGUAUUCACCGCUGGGAUAUUACCCGCCAACCACAGCUCCACAGGGUGGAUCAUCGCGUUCGGGUUCUCGAUCAGCAAGCUCGCACAGCCUCGCACAGGCUUCACCUCCGUUGCCUCGUGCACACAAACAGCGUUACUCCUCAGGUCCUGAUCCUGCUCUGGCCUCGCCAGCACCUCGUUCACCACAGUCGUCGCGACGUCUUCCGGACGACCCGAACUGGAUACCUCGGCCUCGCUCAGCAUCUUCCGUAUCCAGUCAACCCUACCCGCCAGAUCAGUACAUAGCAUACUCGCCUCCGAUUCCGCAGAUACCGCAUCAGUACAGCCAAGGCCGACGAAUAGUGUCAAGUCCGCAGCCGGACCUACAAUACCCUCGCAUCAGGGGAGAGCCUCAGGCGCGCGCUUCCGAGCCUUCCGCGCUGCGCCGAGAACACUCUCGCCAAUCGACUCCCGAGAGAAGUGAAAGCGAGGAUAUCAGCGCAAGUGAUGAUGACGAAGGUGACGGCGUUCAAGUAGACGUUGUACCUUACAGUGAAGGCUAUGAAAUCAGCGUGCGUCCUGAAGGCGCCAGGGAGAAGCAAAGAAGAGGCCAGCGAUAA